CAGUGAACGAUCAGUCGGGUUCGUCAAUCUUCACUCAUUGCGUAUUUUAUAGUUUUGUUUACUUUUUAAGAAUUCUUCACCGACGGAAAAAGAAAAAUUUUUGAAAAGUAAAAAAGUAGGAGGAGUAUGCUCCUACUAGCUGAAUAGCGCGCUCUGGUGGAAUCCAUACGUCUUUGCUGGAGCUCAUUUCUGAAAACAACAUAAUCGUAAAAGUUGGGUAUCGGACGUCAGCUCACGUGCACGCAUAUCACAGUUUUUGCCGCUCGGCCUUAAAUUCCCUAAACAACCGUCAAAAAUGGCCGUCACCGUCCACGUAUGAACAUCGACCCAUUUGACAUUUAUACCGUCCCUAACGCAAUCAUAUAAACAGCAUCGUUUGUUUUAAUUGAUUGCACACUCGGUGCUCUAAUGCAUAUCGAAAAUAGUGGUUUUCACAAGUUCAGUUGUUAACGAUCCCCAGGCAUGACUAUCAUUGUUUUUCUUAUUGAUACCUCGGCGUCUAUGUGCCAGAGGACCUACAUGGGAGGAAGGCCGACUCUUUUGGACAUAGCCAAAGGAGCCGUAGAAUCAUUUGUCAAGGUAAGACAGAGAUCAUCAGAGAGCCGAGGUGAUAGGUAUAUGUUGCUGACCUUUGAAGAACCUCCAGCUAAUAUAAAGGCUGGCUGGAAAGAAAAUAUAGGUGCUUUCAUGAAUCAACUAAAAAAUCUACGAUGUGCUGAGAUGACUACAUUGGGUCAUGCUUUGAAAAAUGUAUUUGAUAUUUUAAAUGUUAAUCGAAUGCAGAGUGGCAUAGAUACUUACGGCCAGGGCCGUUCUCCAUUUUUCCUUGAACCCUGUAUUAUUGUUGUAAUAACAGAUGGUGGUCGGUUAUCAAAUGCAUCAAAUGUGACAGACGAAUUUAAUCUGCCCAUGACUAAUCCCAUACCUGGAUGGGAAAUGACUAGAGAACCAUUUCGUUGGGACCAAAGAUUGUUUUCAUUAGUUUUACGUAUGUCAGGCACACCUACUGUAGAGCGUGAUACUGGGUUGGUUGCUAAUGAUACAUCACCAAUAGAUGCAAUGUGUGAAGUUACAGGAGGUAGAUCAUAUUGUAUAACUUCUCAACGAGUACUUAUGCAAUGUAUUGACAGUUUAGUGCAAAAAAUUCAAAGUGGUGUAGUCAUCAAUUUUGAAAAAAUUGGUCCUGAACCUUUGCCUAUUAGUGAUAAAGAAAAUAGUAUUGAUGUAGAUGUAGGCUAUGAUGAAUUUGGAAAAAUAAAUUUUGGAAAUAUUGAUCAUAUAAACCAUCAAAAUGGGAAUAAAACUAAUGGAUUACCAAAUUUAGUUCAACCAAAUUCAUGGCAAAAUUGUCGUAAACUAAUUCAUGUGCCGAAAUCUGCCCAAAAAGGUUUUCCAAUGGGUUUUUGGCCUAUACCUGAAUCUUACUGGCCAGAUAACACAGUUAAUUCAUUGCCUCCACGAUGUGCUCAUCCUACUGUGAAAUUUUCUUGCAUUAAUCAAGAACCUAUGGUUAUUGAAAGUUUACCGUUUGAUAAAUACGAAUUGGAACCAUGCCCACUCACACAAUACAUAUUGUCAAGAAAACAACCAACUCUUUGUUGGCAGGUUUUUGUUGCAAACAGUUACAAAACCCCAGAAAUUAUGCAUCCUUUUGGUUACCUAAAAGCAAGUACUACACUGUCUUGCGUUAAUCUUUUUGUUUUACCUUAUAAUUAUCCACUACUAUUACCUAUCCUUGAUGAGUUAAUCAAAAUUCAUAGAUUAAAGCAAACUCCAGAAUGGCGAGCUCAGUUUCAAGCUUAUUUACGAAGUACCCCUGGCUAUUACAACGCUCCUUUAAGACGUGCUUUAACCAGAAUGGGUGUGCCAAAUACUGUCGUUACCUCACUCGUACCAGAUACUGCUGACAAUGCAUCUUUAAGCUAUUCUGUACUAAGUUAUCUAAAACGGUUAAAAUCACAAGCAAAAACAGAAUAUGAUAGAUUAUGCACUGAUGUCACUAAUAAACAAACUGCAAAAACAAAUUUAAAUAUGGCUGACUAUGUACGAAUAAAUCACAUAUCGUCACUAAAAAAAGAUAUAUCUACCAAUCCUCAGCUACAAAAUAAAUUUAUUCAUUUGCGUGAACAACUAAUUGAUUUCAACAACUACGUAGUAGGUACAGCUAAACGAAAAAAUGUUGAAUGUAACAAAACUGGUGGUUCUGGAUUCCGUAAUCCUUUCGAUAUAUCUAGAAGCAAACUUUUGGAAGUAGUAAAAAAUAUGCAAAAUAAUUUUUCACAGCUUACUCAAACUAAGUUGUUUGAAGAUGAAUUAAUUCAUUCAAUGCCAGUUAGUCAAAUGGGUAAUUAUCAAGAAUAUUUAAAACGAAUGACAUCUCCACUUCGAGAAGUUGAAUCUAUGCCUGUUAGGCAACACAUGUUUGGAAAUCCUUUUAAGAUUGACAAAAGAAUGAUGGUAGACGAAGCUGAUGUUGACAUGGUUGGAGCAGGCGGGGGUUCCUCAAGUCCUAGACCAGGAUCUAAAAGGGCAUUUGAUAGUGGACCUCCGCGGAGAAAACCUGGGCCAUUACCAAGACAUGUGUGUGCAUCGCCUCGCCCUAGAUCUCCAUCACCUGCGCCUUUCGAUCUUGUUAAUGCCGUUGUGGAAACUCCGCCUAUUCUUUUACCAAAUGGAGGAGAAAUAGAAGAAGAAAUAAUACCAAUUCCAGUUAAUGGUGAAUGCAUAACAAGAAGUAUAUGCCUAUCACCCCCUCCUCCAAUUCUGGAACCAUACGAGAAUCAUUUCACUGAUGAAACGGAAGAUAUUGAAUUUAUACCAAAUGAUAUUCUUACUAACCAUGUUCCAUCAAUUCCAGAAGAAAAUUCUGUUCGGCAGCACUUAUUAGCAAUAAAUACAAAUGUGAACCAAGACUUAGAUGAAUUAUCUAAACAGGAGUUGUUAGAUAUUAAACAGCAUAACGCAAAAGUUAGAAAACUUUUAUUCGUUGAGGUUAAACGUCCUGGCCAAAAUUACACAGCCUUAUUCCAUUGUUUGGGUACUUUGAAAGGCCCAGCUUCUAUUCAAUUGACAUAUGUCAAUGACAUAAUUGCAGAAGCGCUUAGGUUUAAAAGAAAGAAAUUAGUUAACAAAUUGGAAGAAUUUAGAAAAUCCUACAUGCGAAUGUCAGCUGCUGCCAGGUGAUAAAAUAAUAGUGAGAAUCAAAAAAAUGAGCAGUUCUUAUUAUUUGUCAUCAUCUUUAUAAUUUUAUAUAAUCAACCUCAUUUACAAUAAUUUAUUGAAUUUAUGUGAUUACUACAAUUUUUUUUACAAAAAUUUAAUUGAAUGUUAUUGUGAAAGAAGAAAAAGACCACACGUUUAUGAAGAAAAAACAAGCUAAAUAAAAUGUAGGGAUUUUGACGUUCCUUUUUUCUAUUAAAGAUUUUACGUCUUCGUUUUUCUAAGAUUUUAA